AGGCGGCGUUGUGAGCUGGGGUUUGGGGAGGAUCUGGCUUUCUUUAGGUUGAGGGGCAAUGGGAAGGCGUGCGGCCAUGGGAAGGGUACAGUGUGCGUAGGUCAGGGGGCAGUGAUCUCCUUGUGACCCUUGGCUGAGUGCUGAAAUGGCUAACGCUCAAUCCCUCGUGUCUGACUUGCGACGAAAGCUAGACAAGCUUCACCUCGAUGUUGCAAACGGGCUGGGACUCUCACAUUGGAGGCGAACCAAGUCCAUGCGGUUGUGUUUUGGGGGGGUCCGCUGGUGGGUGAGGGGGUGUCCAUGGGCGGAACUUCCGGUCAGAUCCCCGCCGGGGGCGGGACUUCUUGUUUUCUUCCUAGAGUAGGGGCCUUGCUGGUCCGCGGGCGUGGUUCAGCCCCGGGCCGCAGCCUUCGGUGGUAGGAUCCCCCUGGGACGCCCCGCUCUGCGUCCCGUGCUGCAGCCGUUUCCUUCCCUAUCUCCCGUCACACCUGUCCUGGGAGGCCUGCACUUUCCCUCUGGAUAGCUCCCCCUUGCUGGUCUGCCCCUGCCUCUUACCUCAUAGGAGAUCACAGGCCUAGGAGGUCUGAGUAAGUCGCCCUCCUUUGAGCCGCCUUCAGAAGCCACUCAGCCUGUUUUCACACUGCUGCUGCUAGGAGCUGGGUCCUGCCAUCAUUUGCUCUCUCCUCAGAGAAGUGAGGACCCAGGCUAUUUAAUAGCAUACAGGGCGUGCCAUCUUUUGGACCAGUCACUUUUCUCGCCCUGAGCCUUAGCCUUAUGUUUCCAGCCUCCUUUCUCAGCUAGAAAGGGUGUGAGGUGUGAGUAGGAGUCGCUGGGUGGCUCCUAAAGCUUUGGUGGGACUUUGAAGUCCAAAGACAGCGUUAUCAAACCACUACAGCUCAUUUCUGCGGCUGUGGCAGGUGUCUGCAGCUUUCUCCUCAAUGGGAAGUUGGGAUGGGCAGUCUAGUGUCUUGAAGCAGGCAGGGUAGCGCUCAGGAUUGGCAAAGGGCUCUGGACAGUCUGUCCUUGUCGGUGGCCAGUUCAGCUGGUGGGACAGUCAAGAUCUGGUCUUCCUGAGUUUGGAGCUUAAGUCCUGAAAAUGCAGUGACCACCGCUCUUCAUGCCAUAGGAAGUGAGAGGUUGCUUAGGAAUGGUUAUCACAUUCUGGUCCAGCGUGUGAGCAGUUCCCACCUUGGGGAGUUGGGUGGAAGGUGGCAGGGUGGAGUCUUUUGAGUGUGCAGGACAGCUUGCAAGCUGCAACCAGAUUCCAGAUUCUGCUUCUCUUUACUGUGGUCCUGAUGCGCUUGAAUCCCCCCAGGGUGAGGUGUGCACUGCCUGUCAAGCAGGGGCUUCGGCUGCCACACCCCUGGUGUGUGGAACGAGGCACCAGUCCAUGGUUCCACUGCAGGAGCCAGGAGAUAGGCAGCGGUGCAGCUGUCAGCGGGCCCUGAGCAGCUUGCGCCCUCCUUCCCCCACAUUCAGCCAGAGCUCAGCCCUGUCCUAAGAGAGUGGCCCUGGAAGCCCAGCAAGGGGACUGGGGUGACCCAGGGAGGGACUGUCUCCCUCCCCAGCUGAGUGUAAGGUUGGCAGUGACCUGAGGCCAGUGAGCUAGCUGAGUGUGUGGUCCAUCUGGUCCUGAAAAGUCUGAAGGGCAGAGCUCCACAGCAGUGGAGGACCUGCUGGACCAAAUGAAGGAUGGAGGCUGGCAGGGGCCGGGGUGCUUUGCUGCAGAAAUCGUGCAAGUCACCUGUGGUUUUCCUGGAGCCCGGUCUCUGUGACAGUUUUGCUCCAGCCUCUGAGUGCUGUGAUUUCAGGGCGCGGAUGGCGUCUGGGCGGCCAGAGGAACUGUGGGAGGCCGUUGUGGGGGCCGCCGAGCGCUUCCGGGCCCGCACUGGCACAGAGCUGGUGUUGCUGACUGCAGCACCACCACCGCCACCCCGCCCAGGGCCCUGUGCCUAUGCAGCCCAUGGCCGCGGGGCCCUGGCAGAGGCUGCACGCCGCUGCCUCCACGACAUCGCUCAGGCACACAGGGCUGCCACAGCCACCCGACCAGGUCCCCCACCAGCACCACAGCCGCCCAGCCCUGCUCCUAGCCCUCCGCCUCGGCCAGCCCUGGCCAGGGAGGAUGAUGAGGAAGAUGAGGACGAGCCCACUGAGACAGAGACUUCUGGGGAGCGGCUGGGCGGUAGUGAUAAUGGAGGACUCUUCAUGAUGGAUGAGGAUGCCACUCUCCAAGACCUGCCCCCCUUCUGCGAGUCAGACCCGGAGAGCACAGAUGACGGCAGCCUGAGCGAGGAGACCCCCGCCGGUCCCCCAACCUGCCCCAAGCCCCCGGCCGCAGCCCUGCCCACCCAGCAAUACGCCAAGUCCCUGCCUGUGUCGGUGCCAGUGUGGGCCUUCAAGGAGAAGAGGGCAGAGGCGCGAUCUUCAGAUGAGGAAAACGGCCCGCCCUCCUCGCCCGACCUGGACCGGAUCGCCGCUAGUAUGCGGGCACUGGUGCUGCGGGAGGCCGAAGACACCCAGGUCUUCGGGGACCUGCCGCGGCCGCGACUCAACACCAGCGACUUCCAGAAGCUGAAGCGGAAAUACUGAGCGGGCAGCACGCCCUGCGGGCUGAGGCCGGCGGAAGGCCACUGUCGCCGUUGGUCUGUAAGCCAUGAGCCUUCUCCGCCCAGCAACAGGACGAUUCUUUGCGGGAUUGGCUCACUCCGGUUUGGAGCGGGGCUAGUUCUAAAACGCUCAGUGGGUCAACUCCGUCUCUUGCCUAGCAACAGAAGCUUUACCCGCGCAUCCUUGGCUCGCUGCCCAAGCACCGGAGCCCAUCUGCGGGACCAGGCGAUGGCUCCGCCAGUGUCCGGAGAGUCGCCCAUAGCCCUUCUCAAACCCCCCCACCCGAUUGGCCUUGGCCUCCUGGGGGCGUGGCCAAGCCCUCCCGAACCCAGAAUUGGCCUGAGGCCUUGAGUUUGUUACACUACUAGGGCUGGGGUGUUUGUUUGUUUUUUUUUGUUUGUUUGUUUGUUUGUUUGUUUGUUUUGGCCCGAAUCCUGACACUUGUAUCCGGUACCCCACGGGAUGGUCCGGUCCGCUCAGCCCCACGACAGCCUGUCCUAUACCCAGGGCGGUACCAGCUUCCUUCCUGUGUCCCGUCCCCCCACUCCCCCCGACCCCAACAGGUGCCUUAAAGGGCCCUCUUCCACCCAAGGUAGGGGGCCUCACUCUCCGGCCCUGGCCCUGGGUGCGGGAGAGUGGGGUGGGGGCCGGGGGUCGGGAGGGAUGCUCUGAAAUUAAAGUUUUACCUCUGGCUA